AUGAAAAGGAAUCUAAGGAAUUCAAAGAGGAAUAAUAGCGGUAAUUCGAAUAAGCGAAAUAAUGAUAGCAUUAGAGAAACGAAAGCUGGUAAAACGACUAUUCGAAAAAGUGACAGAAAUGUGAAACAAGGGAAAGAGCAGAAACUUGCUGUUAUCACGGUCAAUUCCAAAGAUGAUAAAAAUGAUCAUUCAGAUGGUGACGAAACCGAUGAAAGUCAGUCAUUUGAUGAGGGAGAAAAUGUUCGGCCCUCGAAACCUCCCAAGAAACGAACCCGAAGACGCCCACCGGAGAAAUAUGCUGAAUAUGCCGCUUAUCGAGGUCAUAAAACAAGUUGGGCAGUACUGUCAAAAACGGAAAAGCACCAACUUGCUGUACGAGCAUUUGCGGAAAGCGCUGAUGGCACGGUAAAGUGUUUGAAUGAAAAAUGUACGAAAACUUUGAAGUCUAUGGAAGAUAUCGUUAGCCAUGUGGAUAAGUGUCUGAAAUUACCAGAAUAUUUCAAAUAUAUGGGUAAGGCUGAUGUGUUUCGAGCACUUGAUAAAGUCACAAAGGCAAAAAUUUUACGGGUUUCAAUGAAUGCAUUGGAAGUUUUGCCAUGCUUGAAUGUCGAAACAUUGAAUUGUACACAGAAAUACGGGCAUCUCUAUGCGCUGUCAUAUCAUCUCGAAAGAUGUGGUCAAGAAAGGGAUCAGUUACCUUGGAAAUGUUGGAAAUGCGGCUAUGCAACAAUCGUAGCAAAUGGUCGUGAACAUUUAGCCAAAUGUACAAAUCCGAAAAUAGGAGGAAGAGGACAAAGGUCAGAAGAUGAAUCAUACUCUGAAAAUUCAGAAAGUGAUGAAUUGGAUGUGGAUACUUCCAAGAAAUUCAAAAAAAAUAGGAAAUCCGAUAAGCAAAAGAUGGCAUCAAUAGCACAGGAAUAUUUGCCAGAGAAGAGUUCACGUAUGAGAAUGACUGAUGGAGUUAAGCGAUUCAAGUUUAAAAGUGCAAAUCUUGAAGCAAAUGCUCCAACACCUUCUGAUUUAAUGCAAUACCAAGAAACAAUCGAUCGAGCCAAUGAGUUGCUUAGAGCACAGAGAGAAAAGGAAUCUCUUUGCGAUUUACUUGUCAAAUUUGAACAUCAUCCAAAUAAUUUCAAGCGUAUUGCACCCCGUGAUUUUAGUGAAGAUUUAAAUAUAAUGCUUGAUAAGUACUCCAUUCCUGUAAUGCUUCCUUCCGGCGAUAGUGAUGAGUGGCAGUCAACAUCAUCAAAUGAAAGGCGAACUUCCGGUGUGAAAAAUGUUCGGAAACAUCAGGUAGUUGAAGAAAAGCAAAGGUUGCCAGUUUUUGUGCCCAAACCUUUGCACUGCAAGACGAAAAAAGCGCAUUUUGUGUUAACUGAAAAUAAUAUACACGAAAUUGGUUCUAUUGCAUACUGUGGAGGACCAAUAUCAACGAUUAAAAGUUGUCCACGAAAACUAGAAGAUGGUCGUGAAUGUGUGGCUGUUACGGUGUUUACUGAUGAAGAAUAUUUGAUUUCAAAAGAUCGGAAAAAUAACACUGAUUAUGUGCAGUUUUGGUUGUAUGACAAUAAAUCGGAAAGGAUUUCUGCUUCUUUUUGGUUUCUUUUGGAAGUAAAUCACAGCACAAUACUUUGUACAGCUUGGUGCCCAUCGUUGCGAAACUCUGUUAAACACGAUAGCAAAUUGUCAAAUUUUGUUGGUAUUCUUGCAGUAGGUGGUAUGAAUGGUCCAAUUUCGCUCUACGGUAUACGUAGUGAUAUACCAAUUCCUUCAAUCAAUAAUAAUAACCCAUUGGUAUAUCGUUGUUCUAAACCUGAUCUAAUUCUUUGUUGUCCUGAUUGUUGUAACAAUAUACCAAUCAUUUCAAUUGCUUGGAGUGAAAAAGGUGGUUCUAAUAAAUUGGCAUCUGUUUCUGCAUCAGGUCAUGUAUUAAUUUGGGAUUUGAAUGAGAGUACAACAUCAGCAAAAAUCAUAUAUGAUACUGAAUGGUUAUCUCCUCCUUUGAGUGUUGUUUUCUGUGGAAUGGGACAAUUAGCUGUAUCAUUCCGAGAAAAAUUAAUUAGAAUAUAUGAUUUGACCACACUAACAUUUGUGAUUGAAGAAGGUGCACAAAGAACAGCUGGAAUGCAGGUUUAUUCACGCGAGGGACUUUUCAAUGGUAUAUUUAGCUAUCAGCAGGAUUUUACUCUUAGUGGCAUGCAUCUAACUUGCGGUACAUGUUACAUUGUACUAGGCUCAUCAAAAGAGAAUUUCUUCGUUGUUCCACUGGCUAAUAAGCAUGAAGUGCAACUCUGGGAUAUGUGUAUUUGUCCAAAGACAGGCGCAAUAAUAUCAGCUGGAGCAGAUGGUCGUCUUCAAGUCUCUCUAAAUGGCCGCUUAGCUGCUAUUCGAUCGGAAAAAGAUUUUGUAUUUAAUGCAUGCCGGGUUGUCCUCACAUUAAUGAGGAAAUCUGAAGAAGUACCAUUGGCGAAGGCCGUUGUACCACCUUUAAAUGAUGAUGUCAAUGCCGAUGAUAGUGCCGAAUGUGAAAAUGAAGCGAGAUUUCCUCCACCUCAGACAAAUUUACAGUUGUGUGCUGAAAAGUCGCAUCUCGAAUUUUGUUUUGAGGAUAUUAAAAUUGGUAAAACUGCCAUAUCACAGUUUAGCUUAGAUCUUCGUACGGAAUCACUAAAUCGCUUAGCUGUUAGUGAACCAUCCGGAAAGUUGGCAAUUUGUGGUGGUGAAGCUGGCCUUCUGAUCUUCAUUCCUUGUUUUUUGCGAUGA